CUUCACACACAGUUGUUGCUCACUGUGCAGCACAGAGCUCGGCAGAAAAUUGUAACUGUGAACCACUUUUCAGGAACAGCUUGGUAAACUGAGUCUCUAUGUAUUUGAGACCCUAAAAUGAUGUGUAUGUUUUCAUCAUCAGUUUUGACCGGUUGAUUAACACUGACAUCUAUUGAGCUGAAUUAUUCUAUCAUCUUUAAGAGCUAAAUUACUGCAGUAAAUGGCAGCCAAUGACUCUUCAGUGCGUGUAAACAAUGACAGUGUCAUUCUAGUUCAGGUUUUCAUAUCACUUUUCCUUUGCAUCAACUUUUUGCUGAUCACAGUCUUUUUCAUGAAGGAUUUCUUCUACACAACCAUGCGCUACAUCUUCUUUGCAAUGACUCUCAUGUCUGAUUGUGUGAUUUUAAUCCUGAGUGAUGUUCUGCUUCUUUUAUUUCACUUUCAUUUCACUAUACAAAUGUCCUUCUGCCUUAUUGUGUAUGUGACUGUGUCCUUAUACACUUUUAUCACUCCACUGACUCUGACAGUGAUGACGCUGGAGCGCUUUGUGGCCAUUUGCAUGCCCCUGCGACACGGAGAGCUGUGCUCCACACGCAGCGCUCUGCACUGCAUCCUCAUCAUUCAUGCCAUCAGCGCUCUGCCCGAUGUGAUUUUUCUCUCCAUCUUCUUUGCGUCUGUGAACCACAGCUUCUACACCCAGAGCGGUGAGUGCUCUGUGGAGAAUUUCAUCCUCCAUACCUGGCAGGGUCAUCUUAGGUCUGCAAUAAGUCAGUUUUACUUCUUGAUCAUGGUUAUCAUUAUCAUGUUCUCAUACUUCAAAAUAAUGAAGGUGGCCAGGGCUGCAUCAGGACAGAACAGGAAGUCGACAAGGAAAGGCCUCAGAACUGUGGUUCUUCAUGGCUUUCAGCUGUUCCUCUGUCUUUUCUUGCUGUGGUGUCCUAUCAUUGAAGCUGCUGUGCGUCAGAUUAACGUGGUGCUCUACGUUAAUGUCAGGUACUUUAACUACAUCGUGUUCAUUCUUUCUCCGAGGUGUUUGAGUCCUCUCAUUUACGGCCUCAGGGAUGAAAGGUUUUUUGUUGAUCUGAGAAGCUUUGUUCUUUGUGGUUUGUAUAAGAAGCAAUUGUCAAAUGAAUCGUGACUGACCUGUGAAAUACACAUAAAAUAACA